AUGGCGAGUAGAUACCGCUGCCUCGCGCCGCUCCAUAUCUCUUCGUCGCCAGGUGCGAGGGCCACGCUCGAGGUCUACAUUCUCUACGACGGCCCCAAGGCUGGGAUCUAUACGGAUUCCGGCCGAGCGCCCAAGUACGCGUACACCUGCAGUACAAUCGCCCAUGGAUUCUACAUGUGGGAGAUCAACUGCGAGAACAACCAUCAGCAUCUCUCUCCCCCUCUACCCAACGCGAUCGACGGCACCAUACACGGGUGGUGUACGUGGCGCAUCCUCGUCAACAAGGCCGGUGACUGCGGCUUCGUCCACGUGGAUGAGCAAGCCCUCGAGCGAAUCCUCGAGCGUCUACGGAACGGGCUGGAGAAGAUCAGCGAAGCUCUUAUGCGCGAGCAGGCAGCACAACCGCGCCCCCCUCAGUUGGCGCAGUCGGCGCGGGCGACUCCCGCUGCCCUUGGCGGCGCGUAUCGGGUUGCGACUCGAGGGUCAUCGCCCGACAUCUGGCAGGACGUCCCCCUCGCUCCUCCACCCCCUCCGCCUUCCUCGAACCGCCCGACCAGGGCACAUCAUGCGGCGCCGCCAUCUCCUGUCAAAUCCACGCGCACGAGCCGAUCGCCCGUCAAGAGGUCAGAGCCCGUCGCGAGCUCUCCCCUACCUAGUAUCGACAUCAGCUCGGACGAAGACGAGGCGCUGUACGUCAGUGCUCGCGCAUCUGCGACGCCCGCUCGGAGGCCCUCCCCUUCCAAGCCCAGCACAGCGUCCAAGGCCCCGACCCCGAAAUCAAUCGAGGCCAUCUUCUCCGCGAAGGCGAAGGGGGUGGCUUUCUCGACAACGGCCUCCGCGACCGUCGGCGCCCCUCGAGCGCGGUCAUCCUCACCUCGCAAGAAGCGCGCCUCGCCUUCGUCCAUAGUCGCCCCGCCUUCGAUGCCCUCGACGCCGUCAUCGAUUGCCCCAUCACCAUCCGUUGCUUCCUUGACCGACGCCCUCAGCCGCCACGGCCUGUCCGUGGCAGCCUCCCCUCCCCGCAUGCCUGCCAGGUGGUGGGUUGUUUGCCAAGGUAACGGCAUGAAGCGCACCACGGCCAGCCUGGCGGUGGCUCAAACAUGGCUCGCAGAGGCGGAGUCACAGGGCUUGGAGGCCGAGCUCAAGGUCGCCGAGGACGAGGAUGAGCUUGCUGCCCUGCUUCUCGUCGGACGUGCAAAUUUGGAGCUCGACGCGUACUGUCACACGUGUGACAGACGCGUCGCUUUUCUGUUGUUCGAGUUCAACUUGCGACCUGCGCUCUUCACUGAAUACUGGCUUACCCGCUUCUUCUUUCGCAUAUCACCACUCAUUAUCUUCUCGCCCAUGGGACGCUUGAGGAAGGAGCCCACUGCUCGCAAGCAGACGACGCGCGGAAACCCUGGCAUCUGGUUCGACCGGCGCAAGGACAUUCUCGUCUCCCACAAGGACAAGUAUGUGAAGGCGCCACGAAAGGAGAAGAAGAUCGUUGUGGAGGAAACUGUGGACGCCUAUCUCGACGAGUACCCAUAUCACUUCAACGACCCUCCCAUCAUUCCAGAGGGCGCGUCGGAGGAGGAAUGCGCGCGCAUCAUGAACGCGGCUAAGGACGACGCGAGGGCUGAGGCAGGGCCGCAAAUCAACUCAUGGCUCAAGAAUCAAGUGACGAAAGCGAACGCCGUCACGAAGAAUCCCUUCCGGACCUUCCUCGCGCAGAGCCUCAAAAAUCUGGCUGCUACAAAGCCCGCCCACGUACCCGAGCACAAGAUGUGGAUGAAGCAGCCCGAGUACCGCGACGUCUUCCUGCCGAUAUUCGAGGAGCGCUGGGCCAAAGCGGACCUUUCAUCGGAGCAGGAGCUCACGCAGCGCGUCCAAAUCGCGCAGGAAAUCUACGAGGAGCAGGACGAGGAGGUGAAAAAGCACGUCCGCAGCUUGGUGAAGGAGGACUACGAGCGGCGUCUCGCACUGCGCAAUAGCGUUUGGGACGAAGACGAGAUCACAGAGGAAAGCGCGGAGCUGUGUCGCGAGAACAUCUCCAAACUCAUCGAGCCGCUGCUCGAAGAGUUAUGUCGACUAUGCAAGCUCAAUGUUGGGACGAUCAUGCUCGCGCGGCCGCCGCAGGAUGAGUUCGAUAAAUUUGAGUGUAUCUCUGUCGACGUGGGGCGAACAAUCGCAAGCGAGGGCUCCCUCAAGCUUCCCGACUUCGAGCCCGACAAGUAUAGCGACCUUUACCUGAGGUGGUUCCUGCGCUUCGUCGUGCACACUACGGAAAGAUCGGCCGCUCUGCAACGCGAACAGGAAGAACGCGAGCGGCAGGCAGCGGGGUCGCAUUCUCAACAGAAGGAGCCGAGGGCCGAGGAUGAGGCUAGGCGCCGUCUGGUGCAGGUCGCCGGUGUGCCCGCCGCUGCGGAGGACGAUGCCAGCGGUGCUAAGCGUCGUCCGCGACAGGGCCGCCGUCGUAGGCAUCGGCGAGGUGGCAUUGAUGCUCACGAGCUCUCUGGUGACGAGACGGCCGAGUCGUCCAUGGACGAGAACCUUGACGACGGGGAAGGGUCAGGCCCCGAGGAGGAUGGGCGUGGAGAAGCACUCGCAGCGCGAGCUUUCGAGGGGGCGCGUCAAAGCCGAGCUCGGGCACACCGCGAGAAGGAGCACAUCCCAGUCGACGAGUACGGCGUUCCCCUGCGUGACGUGAAGGGUCGCGAGUUCUCGGCAUACCUGCGCGAGCGCCUGUCACGUAUGGCGCCGGGGCGGCGUACCUCGUUGCUGAACGAAAUGGAUCGGAUGAGCGACUACGAAUUGAACCGCCAGGACACGAUAUCGAGAAACGAGUGCACGAUCCGUGCUUCGCUCCUCAAGGAGGGUCUCCUGACCGAGGCUGACCCUCUCUGGGGAGAUGUCGUGCCCCAGAAGAUCGUCGCCUCUCAGGUGCACGAAGGGGGCGGAGACACUGGGCAUGCGCGCAGCGCAUCGCCUGCGGGUGCCGAGCGUGGAGCUGUGGGUGCUGACGAGCCUUUGUCGCGCCCCUUCGCGCAGCCUCCCGUACCCUCGGAGGCAGACGUGGAUACGCCCUCUCAACGAGCAGUCGACCGCGAUACCCCGGCCGACAACGGCGAAGAACAGGGGUCCGCAGGUGACCUCCAAAGUGUCGAUGGCUGCGGCGACCUCGCCCCCAUUGAACAGGGCGCCUCUCGCGACCACCGGCUCAGCGCGUCCAACAACAACGAGGCUGACAAUCUUCGAGAGAGCGUCAACCUCACCCCUACCAACGGCGGCGCCGAGGACAACAACCUCGUCGGGAACUCCGUCACAUUGCAGGGCGAAGAGGAUUCGCCCGGAGCACAGCAGGGGCUCAAGGACAGCGCGCUCACGCCGGCAGAUGCGCGUCUCGACGAGCAGCCAGGAAUCGACAACCCGCGGCGUGCCAAGGCGUCGAAAGGCAGAGGUGCAGUCCGAGCGCGCGGGAGGAAGGUACCUACCCCUCUCGCUCAGGAUAAGGAGGGUGGUGGCGCGGGCAACAUCGUGCAGGGUGCCGCCGUCGCUAACGCUACCCCGGGCACGACGCGCGAAGGGGGCGGGAAGCAUAGGCGCGGCUUGGACGACGAGCGGCCCGGGAACAUCUUUUCGGUGUCGCGCGCGGGGUGGCUGGACUGGGUGUCUCUCGGGGUGGACAAUCUCGCUUUGGACGACGUUGCAACCAAUUCCGAGGCCGACAAGGCGUGGAGGACGGUCGUAGCGACGUGGUGGGUGCUGGAGAAGCAUGAUGAGUUCAAGAAGGACAAGCGAGUUCCCGCGAAUGGCUGCCGUCCCAAGGAGAUUGGGGAGUGGAUCAAGCGCGCGCGCAUGACAACGUUCGCGCCCCAGGUUCCCGCGAAUACGCCCCCCGAAGACUUCCUCGACGACUGGAAGGCCUCGAUUUGGCGCUGGUGGUCUUCGCUGAACCCGCAGUGGCGCCAGCGCAACACAGAUGGCAAGGUCGGCAAGGGACGCGGCACCGCCGGCGACUGGCUGUGCCUCCACUACCCAGGUCUCAACGGCCAUCUGAGCGUGCUGAAGGGGGUGAAGUGGUGGUUCGACUUGGAGGGAAACCCAGGAGGAAGUCGUAGCUGGCUAGAGCUCGUAGAGGAUAUUCAAUGGGCUCUAGACGGGGUUCUGAAGCAGCUCAGGACCCACGUGCACAACGGCACGAAAGCGCGCGCACCGGAAAUGGCUGCGAAAUGGAAUUUCCCGAGCCGGAUUGCGAGCACGGCCAUCCGAGAUUGUAAUCAGCGAUAUGUAAACUGUCGUUUGGUUUUAAAUCCGGGGUACAGCAUCAGCUGGAAGGAGGAGCAGCGCCGACUCGUGGAUGAGGACUGGGACGUCAUCACCGCUCUCCGGUACUGGUCCGCAGAGGCGCCAGAUAGGGCGCUCUACGAGUCCAUGAGCGCUACGAUCGAGUCGACCUGGUUUUCGAGCUUCCAAGAUCGUAGGCGGGACAGCAGCGGAGACCCGACGAACUGCAGUGGAAGCAUGGAGCAGGAUACUUCAGCGGUGGUCAAGAGCAUGUCAGACGUAGCCGACCGGCUCGAACAACUCAACAGGUACUUGGACAUUGCCCCGCAGUUCAUCGAGGCUGCGAACGAGCUCAUCGAUGCCCUCGAUGCUGCGGAGGCGGCCGAUAUUGUCUCGCGCUCGCCCGGCGCCCUCUUGCCACACCUCAAUCCAUCCUCCCCACCAGGUCCGCCAUACGGCGAUCGCCUCCACAUUCCUGCGUCCCGCACCCCCGCGCCCUGGUCCUCGUCCGCCAGCAGCUUGUCUGACUCGCCCAUCCGCACAACGAGUCUGCCAAGCACAAGGCCCGGUUCCGCCAGGUAUCCUUCAACCAGCCCGUCCCCGGCCCCAUCUAGCACGGCGGAGGGUACGGCGCCAUCGCUCGGGAGCGCGUCGGAUGGUGCAUAAUGA